CACCCCCUCCGCUCCCACCCACCCACCUAAUCGCCCCCCUCCCUCCCCUCUCGCGAGGCGCACAGAUCUCGCCUCGCCUCCACCAGCAGCCGCAGCGGCUGCCAGAUCCGUCCGCCCGGCCGCCUCGCGAGGUUCCAUCCGCCGAUUCCCCGCAUACGCUUCCCUCGCCGCCGGCCGGUGGCUCGUCUGAUCGGAGCGUGCGUGCGCUCGCGUCAGAAGCGGUUAGGGACGGAGGAGAGAAGCGCGGAGUCGAUCUGAGAGGGAGGGGCGAACCCCUUCGCGCUCCUGUGGGUUUCGAUCUGUUCGUCGGGUGUAGAUCCGGAAGGGCUUGGUUGGAUCUGCCACUUACGACCGGGCGCCAUGGAGACUCUGGUCAUCUCGCAGCAGCGCAGCCACCACCACCACCACCACUCAGGUCGCCGGAGGAAGCCAUCCCCGCACACCUCGUCGCCUCAGCCCAUGCGUGGCUACCACGCCUUCAACUGCCGUGCCUUCCACUCCAGUAUCAGCAUAGGCAUCCUGCCGUCCCCGCCCCCACCACCUCCCCCGCCUGCACCCCGGGCUCGGACCUACUCCCCGGAGCCCAAGACGCCCAAGCAGCAGCUGCACAAUGACAAAAAGCGCAGCCGGGCGAUCCCUAUAACUCCAUCAGGAUCUCCUCCUUCCCGUCCUGAGCUUUGGGCUGGCCCGGCAUACUCCAACUCGCCGCCACCCAGCUCGCUGCCGAUUCCCAAGUUCUCGCUCCACCAGAAGCGCAGUGUAUCACUUGAGUUGCCACCUGCUGAUAGGCCAGAGCAUGUGGAGGUGCUUGUGCAUGCCAAGUCUGCACCUUCGACACCCACUGCUGGCUCAGGAUUUGGCUUCUUUGGUGACAAUGAUACUGCCAUUGCCACGGAGAAUCUGAGGAGGAUCCUUAAUUUGGAAAUCACCGAGGACUGAAUGAUGGGGGCAUCACAGUGUACAUAGGUCAUCAGCAACUAACCUUGGGUACUUUGUAUAAAGUAACUUAGUAUAGCAGCCUUCCACCUAGAUUCUGCAUCAACAGGAGUACUGUUAGGUGUGUUAGUAAGCACAUCAUGACUCGCGGGAAGCUGCCGUGAAGGAUGUGGUUGUGGUGGAGACUGUUGGGGUGGAUGAGAGCACAGCAGUUUUAGAGUCACCUUGUAGCUUGUGGUCACCUAUAGGGUUCCAACUUUCUUUAGGUGUUAGAUCUUCAUUUCCAUCCAUGGUCAGUGAUCCAUUAGUGGUUGGUAGUCUGCAUGAUCCUAGCUAGUAGGAAACUGCAUCAGGCAGGGGUAGGGUAAUAAGUUCUGUUCUACUGUUAGAUAGCUAGAGUUUACACUCCAGCAUCUGUUCCCAUCUUAUAUUCUGUAGGAUAUCUGCAUAUUAUAUUCUUCUGAUACAUACAUUCUUCCUCGCCAUCUUGACACUCCUCUAAUCACACCGACUUCCCUGGUGCUCUGCAAAGAACACAAGGAUCUCUCCUCACUGGCUCUUCUGUAUUUUUUGGAAUGAAGAGGCCAGUGGAGGUUCAAGAAGCCCCCCUUCGAUGCCCUUUCUCCCUCAUCUGUCAACUAACUUUUAUCUCCGCACCUCCCCUCCCACCUUAGUUUGUUGCAUAUGUAGCAUGUCAGAUCCCCUCCCCUGCCAUCCAAUCUUCGUUCCAUGCAUAUAAUCUAAAGUUCCAUCCAGUGGCACCCUGUGUAGUUUCUGUUCCUUGUUCAUGUUCAUGGAACAUGUGGAGGAUUCGAGUUCCGUUGGCAUGUUUGAUAAAGGAUGCGAGAUUCCAUUUCAGAGACCUGCGAGCGGACAAACCAUAAUACGGUUGGCUUAUCCAGUGCACUUCAUGGCGCACAUACCUGGGGUGCUCAGCCGAGUUUGCAAUAAAUCUAGUUGCUUGUUUCCUUUUUAGUUAAAGAGCAGCGCAGCUUAUGCUAGACUGUUUCCUUUCAUGUAAUGCCUGCUUGGCUAGCUGUUUCUGGUACUGUUUAAACCUUGGACCUAGUGGUGUUCCACCUUCUAAGCAGAUGUUGCUGCUUUCUUUGUUAGCUUCGCUUGUUUGAGCGCAUAAAUGCAAGACCUUUUAAGUUGGUGUUAAAUUCUCUGGCCAAUGUCGUGUUGUGGACCAUUCAUGAAGAUCAGUAUGUUUUAUAAUCUAGUUGGUUGUUAA